AUGUCUGACCGACCACUUGGGCCUUUUCCUACUCCUGAGACCUAUCACCCAAUUAUUCAGGGGCUGAUAAACAUGAUUAAACGCAAUUCUUGGGAGGACAAAUUUGUUAAAGCGGUUUCUGAUGCCUACAAGACAGGUGUCGAAGAAAUGGCUAAUAUAAUAACUUUGACCGACUAUUACAAUUUUCUUCAUUACUUGGUGUUGUGGGUACCCACAGAGAAUGAAACAGGAUCUAUUGUUUACAAAAUGCUUUGCACGAUGUACUUUAUUCUCGAUCAGAAAUCUGUCAAACCACUCCAGUCACCCAUUAAGCCUUCGCCGUAUCCACCACCGCCAUUGACAGAGCUUUCGCAAUGGAUAAUCUAUUUUGCCUGUAUGAUGGGACAAUUUCUUAAUACACCUCAAUCACUUACUGAGGAAUCUCUGAAGACUUUUUAUAUGUCAGAUAAGUACAACAUGAGUAUUUAUGAGCCUCCCCGAGAUGGCUGGCGUUGUUUUAACGAUUUCUUCGCGCGAAAACUGUUGCCAGGAGCCCGACCCAUUGACAGCCCUUCUGAUCCAAGGGUUAUUGUGAGUGCCGCAGAUUCAGAGUUUCAUGGCUGUUGGAAUAUCAAUGCUCAUUCAAUUGUCACUUUAAAACACAUCCCCUGGACUAUUGGCGAGUUACUUGCAGACAGUAAGUACUCAAGUGAAUUUGCCGGAGGAAAAUUUAUGCACGCAUUACUUUUACCAGUCGACUAUCACCGUCAGCAUGCUCCUAUCGAUGGCAAAGUGCUCGAAGCUAAAGUCAUCCCAGGACAGGCUUAUCUCGAAGUUAUUGUUAAAACAGACUCCAGGAACAAACUGAUACUCACACCUAGUCGAAAAAUUAUAAAAACGGAUCAGCCAAAAACAGAGAUCAAUGCUCCGGACUCUCCAGGGUAUCAAUUCUGCCAGACACGUGGUCUGAUUGUAAUCGAAUCACCAAAAGUUGGAUUAGUGGCUGUUUUACCAAUUGGUUUGGCUCAGGUGUCUUCUGUGGUCCUCACCACUCGGGUAGGGGCCGAAGUAAAGAAAGGAGAUGAAAUAUCUUAUUUUCAGUUUGGUGGAUCUGACAUUGUCCUUUUAUUCCAGAAAAAUGUUAAAAUAAUUGCUAAAGUAAACGAACAUUAUAACGUGGGCAAACAGAUUGCAGUUGCCCAUAUUGCUGAAAAAUUAUAA